GAAAUGAUGUCUGACGACCCAAUACCAAAACAGAUCAUUGGAUUUUGCAAACUUAUUAAGGAAAGUCUCAGACUUCAGAAGUCUUCAGACAGCCGGAACGUGUAAAAGAGUAAAAAGAACCAGAAGACAGGAAAACCCAAAUAAAGAAAUCUUCAAUAUCAAAACAUGAAAAAAAAAAAAAAAAAAGAGUAAAGCAAGAUAGAGAAAGAGAAAAACUGAGAAAGGAUGAUUAAAAAUGGAGUCAAUAUUUUGAAUGACCAACCGCUCCUAAUCUUCCCAAAUCCAAAUUCCUUUCCACUUCACCAAAAACCCACUCCAUCCAGAAAUCCCACCUUUAUAAAUUACCUUCCUUAAUUCAAAACCCACAUCAUAAUUUUUUGUUUUCUAAGUUUUGUGAUCAUAGAUUAUUACUUCACCACCAAUUUUGUAGUUGUAUAUAAUCGGAUGUAAACCCUUUGUUUUUACUCAUGUCUCUGGUGGGAUGACGGCUUUGAAUUUGAACCCAGAAUCCAUCAGUUCAAAGACUCUGCCUUUUUCUCUCCUAAAAAUCUGAUCCCAUGUGCCAUUAAAGCUUUUGUCAUUCCUUAUUAAAUAGUUGCCCGAUUCUUUAUAUGUGUUUCUUUUUCUUAUUCAAUUCAUGAAAGUCAUUUGAAUUUCUUUCCCAGUUGUUCUGGUUUUAGGGGUUUGUGAUAUUUCUCUAUUUUUCAAUUUUCAAAUCCUUCUGUUAUUGUUUCCUUUUGAACAUUUGGCGAUUCUGAUUCAAAGAUUCAAUCUUGCUUCCAAAACCUCUGUAUUUGUUGGCUUGUUCCCUUUAAGGUUUCAACCGGGUCUUCGUCAUUUCUUGGUGGAGGUUUUCGAACAAUCCGAGCUAUGGGUGUCCAGAAAGACAGGGUGAGAUUCAACGUUGGUGGGAGAAUCUUUGAAACUUCGGCCACAACCCUUGCAAAUGCUGGCCGGAACUCAUUGUUCGGAGCAAUGUUUGAUGACAACUGGAACUUCCAUCCGGGUCAUACCAUCACAGAGCAUUUCAUUGACCGAAACCCCGAUUGCUUUGCUGUUCUUCUCGACCUUCUCAGGACAGGAGAGCUGUAUCUUCCAUCAAAUAUGCCUGAAAAACUCUUGUACAGAGAAGCCCUGUUUUAUGGCCUAUUGGAUCAUGUCAGGUCAGCUAAGUGGGGUCAAUUUGAUGGAAACCGGCUCAAAUUGUCGGGUUCUGUUACCGGCCGAGCUCCGGGAGAUGGGACGGCCAUCAGGGCCGGUCCAGACGGUGGCUGCUGUGUGGCCCAUGGUAGUAUGGUUCAUGUUUAUGAUUGGAUGCUUGAAGAGCAUCCUACUAUUAAUCUUGAUUAUCAGAGAGUUAAUGAUGCUUGUUGGAUUGACCCUGAGAGUAUUGUCAUUAGUGCUUGCGAAAGGCUUGGCCGCGGAGAUGGAGGUAUGGGAUUGUUCAAUGCAUCUACAGGCGAAUUAAGGUAUAAAUUUGAUGUCAAACAUGAAAAUCAGGUUAAGACUUUUACCGCUGGUGCAUUGUGUUUUAGUCCGGAUUAUAAGUUGUUUUCUAGUUGUAAAGGUAGGAGCAAUGAGUAUGGUAUUGGUGUUUGGGACCAAGUGACAGGAAAGCAAACAGAUUUUUUCUAUGAGCCCCCUGGAUGGUCACUUGGUGAUGCAGAUAAGUUGCAAUGGCUUAAUGGUUCCAACUGUUUGAUGGUUGCAACUUUGUUUCCUAGGAAGGAUAAUUGUUAUAUUAGUUUGCUUGAUUUUAGGGACAAAGACAAUAUGGUUUGGUCAUGGUCUGAUAUUGGUGCUUCCAUAAUGGAUGAAAGGCGAGUUAGGGAUGCGAUUGCUAUGGACGAGACUAGCUCUAUAUGUGUAGUGAAUGAGUACGAGGACUUAGGAUUCAUGGAUUUAAGGAGGGCUGCUGGAAGUGUGAGAUGGAGUUCAAGGAGUCGUUUGAUGAAGAGUAAAAUGCCUGAUGAGCCUUGCUACCCGAAACUGGCAGUACAUGAGGGGCAGCUGUUUUCAUCCAUGAAUGAUACAAUAUCGGUGUUUUGUGGUCCGGAUUGGGUGUUAACUUCAAGGCUUCGCCGGAGUUAUGGUGGUUCAAUCUGCGAUUUUUCAAUAGGUGGAGAUCGGCUAUUUGCUCUGCAUAGUGAGGAAAAUGUCUUUGAUAUAUGGGAGACUCCAACCCCUCCUAUCAUAUAAUUCUGCAUUAGGUUUGUCCCAAAUAGUCUUCAUCCAUGUUUGGUUUGAGUUAUUUUUUACCAUCUAUCUAGCUGAUAUAGGUUAUAGAGCUAAAGUUUUCGAUACAUGAGAGUCCUAUAGAUUUCCCUUUCUUUUUUUGGAUGCUAGAGAGUUAGCAAUACAUAGUGUUAUUGAAACUGUGAGACUGUACAGAAUUAUCUCAUAAUUUGAUAGAAAUUGAAAUGAGAAUGAUUGCUUAACAACCAUAUCUUUCAUUCUUGGCUGCUUUCUUCACAUUGAUGUCUGUUUUUUUCCAUAAUUAGAUGAGCAAACAGUCUUCAAGGAUGGCUGCUUCUGAAUAGAUUACUUAUCUAAUAUGAUGAUUAAACAAUAUGGCAUUUUGUAUACAAAAUUUCAUUGACUUCAGG